UGCAUAUUCGCAAGAUGGCGAUGUCAAAUCGCCAUGCUCUCGUUCUCGGAGAGCCGUCGAGGAGAAUACGUUCUGAAAUCAUGCUAUUAUGAGCUCGAGCAAGCAGUCGGGGUCCUAUUCCCCCUAUAGGGCGGUAAAUCAGGCGUAUGUGAAUGUGCCGAAUAGUACGACGACCACCAGUGGGGCGUCUUACCGGGGACAUGGAAUUUUAAGCGUGGGUCUCGGCCUCGGCCCUCCGAAUGUCACAGCCGGGGCCAACUCUCAAGGUGGAUACAUUUCAGCAAUCUCAAUGAAUCAGCACCAGAGCUUCAGUGGAAGCGAGACAGAUGUGUCAACAUCCACAGAGAAUUUAACCCACGAGGAGAAAUAUUUCCUGCGUCACACAACACGCCAGGAGCCACAGGGGGAAGAAGGGACCUCAACUGGCAGCUAUGGUUAUGAUGCAUCAGGCCGUAGCUAUGAUGCUUCCUCCUGCAACACCAUGAUCAUCCAUAGUGACAGUAUUCUGGAUGAGAAGUUUGAUGCAGGGCUUCCCACAGAGUCUCGCUAUGCCAGCAGUAGUGGACUUGACACUCCCAAGUUGCCCCCACCCUACAGCAUUGCCCUGCAGUCAAAGCAGAACACCCCGGUGUACUCAACCAGUGCCAGUGGUAUGUCGAGAGGAUCGAGCACAUCGCGGGCUGUGUCCUCCCAGGGUCUGGGAUUUCUUGGGUCAAAACUUAACUCAAGCUUGCAGGAGAUCACAGAAAUCCCGUCUCACUACCUAGACCAGUCACAGGUGUUGAAGCACCUGGCAAAGGAAGUACGGGUCCCAAUCCCCACUGUCUGUUCCUCCCCUGCCCUCUCAACCUCAACUCCUACCCCCACCCCAACCCCUGCUACCCAGGAAUCCAAUCAGCGACUCCUUGAGAGCAUCUACAACCUUAACAUAUCUGCUGAGUCCAAGAUGGAGCUAGUGCACAAACUUGGCCUAAGUGCAGCACUUAGUGAGUCAAUGGGAAUGGUGAAGCAUGGGUCAUGGAGGCAGGGAGAGGUGGAAAUCACUGAGUUGAAGUCUCCUGAGCGACUCACCCUCUCCCUCUCUCGUUCCCAGCCAGAUCUCACAAAGCUUGAGCUCCUUCCACAUUCCGACAACGACCUGAAGCUGGAAGCCCUCUCCCCAGGUGGGGAGAAGGAGAUGAUAGAUAUGCUCUCCCAAGAAAACUCUGCCCUGAAGCUUGAGUUGGAAAUGUACCACAAGCGAGUUGCUAAGUUACAAAAGUUUGAGUUGGAGCUGCAGAAGGUGCAGCAGUCUCACGAGUUCCUGGUGAAGUCCUCAGAGCGACGUGAGAUCCUUGAAAAGACUGCACGGCAGAGGCUUCAGAAUGAGAUCCGGCGCCUUCAGUCACUGAACAAGCACCUAUCAGAGCAGCUGGAUCUGACAUUGAGCCAGCUGGGCAGGCGGGGUAGUGGGGACUCACAGGAUGAUCAACAGCGGGACUUGAGAAAGCAGGACAUCUUCAUUACCCAGCUCAUCUCACAGAACCGAGAGCUUGCAACAUGCAAGGAACGUCAGGAGAUAGAGCUGGCAGCACAGCGGGCAACACUGCAGGAGCAGCGACAGUACAUUGAUGUACUGGAUUCGGCUCUAACCAAUGCACAGGCAAAUGUUGUCCGCUUGGAGGAAGACUGUCGAAAGAAGCAGGUCUAUGUGGAGCGGGUUGCCCAACUGCAGCGUUCUCUCUCAUCACUUCAGCUCUCCUCUGACCGUCGCCAAGACAUGGAGCUACGUCUCCGCCAGCAACUUGAGAAGGAGAUUGCUGAUUUGCGGGCAGAGAAGGAAGAGCGGGAAAAGGGAAGAGGGAAGGAGGAUGGAGAGAAGGCAAGGGAUGCUCGAGAGGAGUCAGGAGAGACCAAGGAGGAACUGAAGCAGCUUGUAAGAAGCCUAGAGGAGAAGAUCCUCAUGCUUGAGGAUGAGACCACUCGCUGGGAGCAGCGCUAUCUCGAGGAGUCUGCCCUCAGACAGCUUGCCAUUGAUGCCGCCUCCAUGCCUAAGGAUGCCAAGAUUGCAGCCCUGGAGAAGACUAGUCAGCAGAGUGAGAAGCUGAUUGCACAGGCUCGCUCUGACAAAGUGAAGCACCUUGAGGAACUUCACUCUCUGAACAAGAAGAAUUCUCAAUAUGAGGAGAGGAUCAAGGACCUGGAGUCAAAGUUGGGAGAGAAAGAGGCAAUGAUAAAAGUGUUGGAGCGGCAUUCCCAUGAAAAGGAUGUUGUUUACCAGAGCUUCAUGUUCCAGCACCGCACAUCUCAUGCCCAUUCUCACUCCCACUCCCACUCCCACUCCAGAUCCAUCCUGAGUGCCCGCAGUGCCUCGAAUGACCAGCUCGACUCAGUGAUGGGAGGAGGACGACACGGGAAGGCAGCAUCUCUGUCCCUUGAGCCAUCAGUAUCGUCCCCAACACUCCCACUUUCCACUUGGAUGAUGGAAAUUCCCAAGGUCAAACACAAGGGAAAGGAUGCUGACAGGGAAUCCAAGAGCAGUGAGUCCAAUGACCAGGAGGCUAAUGAACCUGACUCCGAUCUUGGCAAGAGCCUAUUGACGAGUUGUCCUCAGGGGGAGUUGUGCUCAAUCACACUCCCGCACCUUAAUGUGAGAACUCUGAAUGCACUGGUAGGGCUCCUCUAUGGAGACACAUUGAGGAGGAUGUCCUCCACUGAUGUCAUCGAGCUGCUCAAUGUUGCUGUUGAGCUCAAAAUCCAUCCUCUUGUUGACUUCCUCACUAGUACCCUCACUUCUUCUCUUCAAGGGGAGGGAUCUGAAGAUGAUGUCAUCACCAUAGAUGAGGAUGAGGACCAAGGCCCCCUUUCGGUCAGCACUGAGCCUGGAACAUCAGGGGCAACAACAGAGGAAGAACAGGUAUUGAGACCAUCUGCAGAACCCAGCCAAGCAGGAUGCUCAAGCCUAGCAUAUGAGCAUGAACAAGGUCCAAGCGAAAGCUUCACGCAAAGGGGAUAUAGGUCCCGGUUCACUUGCCGGGCAUGUGGACGUCAGUUUUCAUCAAGGAGGCACCUGCAUCAACACAGCGUCCAAGCCCACAACAAGAACUCUUCAAAGAAGAACUGGUGGAAGUGUCAGCAUUGCAACAGGGCAUUUUCCAGUGUAGGAACCUAUACUGUCCACCAAAAGCACUGCCCUGAUGACGGUGGAAAGAAUGAACGACGGCAGCGCCUGGCAUCCUAUGCACCCAAGCUAGAGUCGCUACGGCCGUUUGCAGGUCGUGCUGUACUCAAGAUGGAAGCACCACGACUUUCAACUGGUCGAGCUGCACUCAAGAUGGAGGCACCACAGUCAUCCACUGCCCGCACACCCAGGAUCAAAGUGGAGUCACCAUUAGAGGGAUCAUCUCAAAUGCAGCAGGCUGGAAGGAGUGGCAGUCAGCAAAGAGCCUUCUUCUGCACAAACUGCAAGACAAGUGUAGUAGGAUAUGAUACUUAUAAACAUCAUGUGUACUUGUGCAGUGGAGAUGAGACAUCAGGUCACCCAUGCCCAGACUGCAAAACAUGGUUUGCUCGCCGGUUGAUUCUGGAAGCCCACCGUACCUCCAGCUGUCCACAGGCUCUCAUCCGAAAGGGGAAAGUAUCCCAGGAGGAGUAUGACCAGCUGAAAUGCAGCAACUGCGAUAAGGUGUUUGACAAUUAUAAAGGUUGGUUUUUGCACAAGAGAAGAAUGGUCCACUUCCUAGACAAGGAAUCAGCAGCAGCAGCACAGAAUCGGUCCCCACUGCCUCCCACACUGAAGCGAAUGUCAGAUCCUUCUGGAAACUCAAAGAAGAUGACUGCUCGCAAGAGUUCCAUUGGACUCUCCUGCUCCUACUGCCACAAGGUCCAGCUAUCAGACACUGUUCGCCGUCAGCAUGAAAGACGAUGCAGCACUAGGUAUGUCCUCUAUGGACUAAUAUCUGAGGAGGAAUCCCAAUCUCUGUGCUGCAACAGUUGUAACAAGUCCUUCACCCGCUAUCAAGACGUGGUCAGGCACAAGUCUCAAGCUCAUCGUCUGCAAGAGAGAAUGGCUGAGUUCUUAUCCUUGCAUGUCAAUGCAGAAUUGCCUCGUGGAAUCAACCCAGAUGCUAUUCCUAAUGGAGAAGAUGUGGUAGAUGUGGAGGACCCACCCUUGGAGUAUGUGAAUGCAGAGGCAGAUGUGACUGAGGGAGCACCUCCCACACCUCAGCCAAGGAUCGUUGCAGUCUGCUCCCUUGCCAAUGAGAGGUCUUUCAUCAAUGAUAUAGCAGCAUUUAAUGAUGUUGAGCCACCUUUGCUCAAUAGCACUGGAACUCAUGAUUCAGAAUCAUCCACCUCAGACAUUGCCUUGUAGGUGCUUGUUUUCCCAUUAUUGCUUUUAUGUGAUCAUCAGGUGGGGGUGCAUCAUUGCCAGCUUUUCGUUCAUGGUCAUGUGGAAAGAUUGCAGUGAUCUCCAAUUUAUUUAUGUGAACAUUAGGCAGAUUGGAUAAUUCUCCAAAUUGUUUUCUUUGCUUUGUUUUCCUUUUUUAAGACUUGAUACGAGCCAAAUCUGCUCCAUAUUUGUGAAUUAUUCUAAUUGCUAAUUACAGGUAAAUAUAUUCUCUACUCGUCAAAUCCAAUUCUUUCUUUUUUCUCAUAACCUGUGAAAAGGUCAGUACUUCCCAUAAGAGUAUUUUGAUUUCCUUCAGAUGAGCCUCAAUUUUCCUCCAAAAAAAUAUUGUACAAUCAGGUGUCACCCCACUGGUGUUUUGUCUCAAAUUCCUAGAAAAUUUCACAAGUUCUGCAUAAGGAUUUUGACAUGAAAAUCAGCAGUCAAUCAAGAGAUGAAUCAUUUUCUCUUAGUGUGAACUUAGAAUCAAAUUUGAAUCUCUUUACUCCCAAUGACAGUGGAAAUCUGA